UAAAAAGCCUUAACUGCAAAUGGAACUCCAUCGCGCGCCGAGAAGGAAGCAUUUCAUUUAUAAAUAGAUUCGUGUUCUAAGACAAAUGUUUGGUGUUUUGUUACUGUGUUUAACUGGACUGGUCUCGUUUUCAACAGCCCACGGCGACGAUGUUAAGUUUACCAUCCCUGGAGGCCAACCGGCCGGCAUCCCGCAAUUUGUCCGCAUCGAAGAACCGCAUCCUGAUGGGAAAAUUAAUCAUGAUUACCAGUACGCCGCAGUCGCCUCUGCAGGCUUGUCCGACCCAGGUAUUGGCCAAAUAAUCAUAUUUGACGAAGAUUAUGAUGACACACUCAAGCCGGGGGAGAAGAGGUGCCCCGUGGACGGCGAUCCUCACUGCCGUAACUGCCGGGCGGGAUACAAGGACAGUGACUUUGUGCAGUCGCAGUGCUGCUUCGCCCACCACUGGGCCUGGAUGAACAAUCGCACCAUCCGCGACGUCCUGCCGUACCGCUUCCAUCUGUCACCUGUGAACCAAACGGAACUCCCCAAGGAUCGUUACCAUACGGCUGGCGAGAUAUGGCAAGAGGAUCCGUGCACGAAAGAGCCAGUUGCGACUAUCCCUAAUGGAACCUACAUCCCGUGCCGCCAGCGCAACGCUUGUCCGGAUGUUAGAGAAAAUGGAACCAUAUGGUGACGUCCGUACAUCGGCACCCGAUAACGCCGUUAUCAAAAUGGAAGACUUGGCAGCGAAUCUGCUAUGGCUUGGCUCUUUAUAAUAAUUUUCAAUUCGACAUUUGUGUUGCUGCUUCUUUCUUUUUAACCUUAUACUAGUAUAACCUUGUCAUGCAAUGUACUGCAUUGUUACCGCAACGAAAUACUUAUCGAUUUUGAUGCAUUUGGUGGCAGUCCGCUCGACCAACAAAA